AUGCCGGCUGCCGAAGCCUCACACUGGUUUGAGGCAGCCAGGCGAGGAGCUGUGUCUUUUCUACUAGAGCACUUGGAGGAGUAUGCAGGGAGCUUCGACAGCAAUGGCAAGACGGCUCUCAUGUACCUGGCACUGCACCCUGUCCCUCCACCAGACGACCUGGUCGCCAUUGAAGGAUCUAUUUUGGACAAGGACGGCCACAGCGCCCUCUGCUACGCGUGUCGCGCUCUUAAUACAGAUGGAAUCAAAAGAUUGUGGCGAGAAGAGGGGUGCACAUUCGGCCUCACAGCUCUGAUGCUAGCGGUGCUAAGCGGGAACGACCCUGACCGCAUUACUAUGCACAAAGACAUCCGGCGGCAAGACAGCUGCGGAAUGACUGCACUCAUGUAUGCUGUCGUACUAGGUAGAGAGCAGCAUAUAGAUUUGUUAUGGAAGGAUGAGCGCGGAUGCGCGGACCGCCAAGGACGCACCGCUCUCAUGCUCGCUGUUCUGUGCCAAAAUUCAUAUGCAUUUUCCAAACUGCACGCCGACCCAAUGGAGCACGGAAAGUUGUCCAAUGCCAAAUGGUCUGCGUUAGGAUACGCAAUCGUCAGUAAUUCCCUCAGCUUUGUCCAGUCGCUUCUUCCCUAUGAGUAUGCUAUUCUGGGAGCGGCGUACACGCUCUCCUCCUUGUCACAAAGAACAAACGACGCCGAGAUCGCCAAGCUCGUCGCAGAUGACGGGCUUCGGUUUCUUGUUGCGCGGAAGUACGGAGGCAGCACAGAGAAGAUUGGUGUCUGCAUCAUUUGCUUAGACGAGUUCUGCAUAGUUCGCUCCCAUCCGUGCGGGCACCGGUGCACGUGCUACACCUGCUCGCAGGAGUUGCAGAAAAGAAGGCUCCACAACCAGUGUCCUCUCUGCCGCACAGAGGUUGAGCAGUGGAGGCUCGACUGGACCGUUCUCGCUGACCCGUGCUGA